GUUUGCAAGAUUGCAAGGGCGGGAAAUAUUGUUGAAUGUCAUCAGCGAGUCGGAGAAAAGAAAGACGCGCAUUUAUCUGCUGAUUAUAGAUAUCAUAUUGCACUGCUAUAUAAUUGUAAUAAUUAAUCAAGAUGAGCGCAAAACUUAAUAGCUUGAUUAAUCAAAAGGAUCGAAAGCAAUUACAGGAAUUCGUGCAAGAAACUUCGACCGAAGAGCUUGCGAAAUUAUUAUCGAACGAAAUUGACGAUCCGAGCAUUUCCAAGAUAUUGGACGAGAUCUUGCAGGUGUGCUCCGAAUCGGAUAAAUUAUAUUCGAAGAGACUUAAAUUGGUGGAGUCUGCGUUGAAAGCUUUAGGCAAAGCCAAAGUUUCGAUCAGUCAUGCGAACAACAUUGUAAAUCGAGUAGUGGAGGACUUUCCAAACUAUCCAAAAUUGCAUUUAUUUAAACUAGUAGAUUUCUGUCUUGCCAGUAUUCACAAUAAUGAUGACGAGUUUAGAAGCUGGAAGGAUCUACUGCCCAUUCUAUUGGAAGUAUUAGAAGAAGAGAAAUAUAUCAAUUAUAUGAACGGUGAAGUUACUGGUUCUAAAUAUAAGUCUAUUAUUGUUAAUAAUAUAUGCAACAGUGCAUGGAACACAGAAAUAAUGCCUUCAUUAACAAAAAUGUUUAGAGAUAUAAGCUUACAAAAGGAGGAUCAUACUACAGUAAUUACAGUACUUUGCACAAGAAUGCAAGAUAUACCUCUGGAAGAGGUGCCUCCGUUUGUGCAUCAGUCAUUAAGAUUGUGUACUAAUCAGGACAGUAAACUUCUCUUGGAGGCCUUACGAAGAUAUUUUAUGUUAUGUUUCUCGAAAGCUAAUUCUGACAGUAUUGAUACCUUUGAGACUAUAGAUGUGAUAAAUCCCAAGGAAAUCCAAGAUACUGAAAGCACAGUAUUAUAUCACAUAUAUCAAGCAGCACAAUUGAAUCACCAGCACAUAAGAGACUAUAUCAAGUAUUUCAAAAGUGUGACAUAUGUUCCUGAGGCUGUAUUAGAACCUUUUAUGCUUUCUGUAUUACUCACAGUUGCUUCUAUUGAUGAAAAUCAGAUUUUCGAAAUGCUACGAACAAUCAUUAACAAACAAAAGGAAAAUGACGACAGACGGAAGAAUAGCGCGUGGUUGAGAAAGUUGAUUCCUGAUUCUUGUAGUAUAAUGACUAUAAUGGGAAAUGUCAUCAAAGCAAGUGAUAGGGAUCGUCAUUUAGUAUUGAAAGGUCUUGUAGACCUAGCAUUUGUUCUUAUGACUAUAGAGAAUAAGUCAAAAACUGGCACUCAUCCUUUAUGGAAAGUUGCUAUGAAAAUACUUCAAAAGAUCAUGAAAAAACAUCAUGAAACGGUAGCGACAGUAUUCCAAAUAUUGCUCGAUAAGAUAAUCGCGGGUGGAUCGAGUAUUUCUCAAUACACUGAUUGUUUAACAUACAUGUGCCAGAAAUUAACUGUUCUUAUGUUGGACCAUCAAGAUUCUGUAAUAACUUUUCUCGAUCAAAUCUCAUUUAUUCCCGGAGAAGUUGCCAUUUUCAUCGUUUCUGCGAUCUUUCCAUUGAUAAAAGUCUCAGUUACCAUAAGAGAACAUCUGAUAAUAACAUUGAGGAAGACUCUUUAUAGAAAAGGUACGGCAAAUCGACAAAUGGCGGUUAGCGGGAUUUUAGAAAUGCUAAAUUUAAAGAUGCACUCUUUAAGUGGCCUCGCGAUGAGUUCGAGUCAAUACAUUAACAAUUCGUCGUCGACUGGCACAAGUUCUGCAUCCAUUCUGACUCAGGUAACGUUAGAAAGAGGUACUCAAGCAACAAAAACUUCUUACAAUAGAAGUUUAUAUUACGACAUAUUGGGUAUUUUAAGAAGAUGCUUUACUCAUGAAUGCGAAGUUAGAUUACAUUUAUACAACGGUUUAUACGAAGCCGUAUUAACGAACACUGAGGUAGCGGAAUAUGUAUUGGAAAUGUUAUUGCCGCAUUUUAAAAUGUUCUUUGAAACGGACGAGAAUGUCCUGAUUCCGGUUAAACUGGAUCUGUGUACAGCUGUACGGGAGGAAGUUAUAUUGCAAGAACCUCUCGCGGAAUUAAUAUUUGUACUGCAAAAGAUUUAUAUCAAGUCGGCUCUAAUAAAAUCAUCCCUUAUAGAUGAACUGGCUGUGAUUUUAGAAUCUCUCUGCAGGCGGAUGGCGCGACUUGACAUAGAACAUUUAAACUUGGAUGACAAGCUGGAUUUAACCAAUUCUAGUAUCAAAAACCAAGAAAAAAUACAAAAUGUUUUAUUAACGAUCAAGAUUUAUGAAGCUCUUAUGUCAUAUAGGAUCGGUGCGUGGUCCGUGAACUGCACAGACACCGCACAAAGUGUUAAAAAUCUAUUCAAAGGAUACACAAAAGUAGUAGAAUGUACCAAGCGCGUAUCAAAGACUAAAAAGGAGAAGGCAAAAAUAAAAGUCACAAACGACCCAAAUAAUACAACAAUAAAAAAAACUGGACGACUAAAAAAUAUAAAGCAAUUGUCUACUAUUCUAGAUCUAUCUUCCGUAUACAAAAGUUUAUCGCUCUUCUACUUGAAAUCCGUUCCUUGGACGACUCAAAAUCAAGUAGAUAUAUUGAUAGAACAUGAUGAUUUCUACCAUUACAUCUUGCGAAUACUACUGCAAAUCUUACAAAGUGUUAAACAUUUGACAGAAUAUAAUUUACGGAAGCAUAAAGAACAACAUAUGAAGAUUUAUUUUGACAUUGGAAAAUUAUUGUAUGAUUAUAUUGUAUUGGAUAUAAAGAAAGCUCUCGAUGCAGAUGAACAAGGCACUAUAUUAGCAUUGGAAUGUUUCAAAGAAUUAUGCUGUUUAACUUGCGUGUACUUCACUUCCGAAUUGCCGCAAUUCCUCAAUGUUAUUAUUCCUAAUAGAUCAACUCAAUCAGACAAUAUUAAUGGACAAUUAGAGAACAUGAUUGCUGCUCUAAGAGCGAGUUUCAGAACGUUUUUUAGCGAAAGGGAAGAAUAUGAGGAAAAUUCCAAAAAAAUACUUGGCAUAUUGUUGGAUACUAUACGUCAACUGACGCAAGAGAUUAAUUUUCACGAAACAAAUGGUGAUGAAAUAUUCAACUCGAUGAUGAAAUUCACCCAAUUAGAAAAUAUGGAGUCUCAAGCUUCUUUAACUAUUUUCCAAAUUCUAUUAUGGAUAGAAGAACAUAAUAAAGAACAUAGCAAAUUAUUAAUUGAUAUUGCUCUUGCAUUGUGCGAGAAAGUGGGUAAAAUCGACGAGGAGACUGAACAAUCAGAAAAUGAUACAUUGAAAAUUGUCCAUGAAAAUAUAGCAAUACAGCUUUACAAUUUGGUAAGCAGUUCAGUAAAAGAAAAGUUGGACAAUGUAUCUUGGUUACUGAUGAGGCUUAAGGCCGAGCAAAAUAUAGUCUGUCCACCUGGCACGGAUCUUGAAACACAUCAAGAAAAACUGAGAACGCAAGAACGCAGUUUGUGUCGACAAUUGUCGCAUAUUAUACAAAUACUUUAUACAUUAGCCAACGUUGCUAUUAAACCAGGACCACCCACAGACUUUAUGUUCAAAAACUUGCAAAUUUUAUACAACAUACUUGGCAAUCUUACAAAAUAUUUCUAUGGAAAGUCCAGUAAGCAAAACGCAGCAUUUCAAUCAGUCAAAUUUAUUCAAGUAAUUCAAUCGGCCGGAAAACCAUUAAAAUCUGCAUUUUAUAAUUUAAUAACAUACAUUGAGGGAAAUCAAGAUGCAUCAAAGUUAAAAGCUGAUUCACAUGUACAAAGAAAUAAAAUUUUGAAAGAGACCAAGAUUAUACCCAGUGCAAUAUUUGAAAUUGAACAUUUUCAUCAAGAAGUUUUAUCGCUUGAUAAAAAGACUGGAGUUCCACUUGAGAUUUACAUAAAGCGUAGUGUAACGCGAGAUUUUCGUAUAAAGAAUACGCAAUUAACAGAAGCACUAGAGAAGAUGAACAUUAGCAUGUUGGAUACACAAAACACUCAUCGUAGUCCAAAUGCAUCUAAUGCAGAUAUAAAUGAUGUCUCUAUGGAAUCAUCUGCAGAAUUGCAAAGUUUAAAACGAUCUAGAAUAAAUGAUGCAUCUCCGGAAGGCUCUAUGAAAUCACCGCUUUCAAAACGACCUAGAAGAUCAUCAGAAUCUUAAAACAAAUACAUUAAGAUUGCAUAUCUUAUGCAUCAAGUUUUUAGAUAUAAAAUUACGUUCUUUCGAUACUAUUUAAUUUUUUUUUUUUUUUUUUUUUUUGUAAUACAAAUCUUCAAUUACAGCUUAGUCAUUAAUACAAAGAAAGUAGCACUUUCAUUAAGUAUAAAUAUUUUUUUAUUAUAUAAUCUAGCAUUUAUAAAGUUUAUGAUAACAUGUUAAUUAUCACAUUAAUUAUAGAAUUAAAGUCUCAUUUAUAUUCUCUUAUCUCUAAAAGUUUGUCUGUGAUCACUUCUUUCUUUCUCAUAAAAUAAGAUCAAUUUCUUAGAACUAUAAGAAUUAUGCGACAAAGUCUAGAGGUCGAUUAAAUCCGCCCUUUCUGUUCA